GCCAAAUUAAACAGCACUGCGUGAUAAUUGCGUUACCAAUGUCUUUCGUUCUAUCAUUGUAUCAAUGUCAUAGUGCAUACGUAUCUGUCUUAUCUUUGUGUGGGCAACCUUGCUUCCCAGGGAUUCAGAGGCCGUUCUUGUUUACCUGCUGGAUCAUCUCCUUGUAGAAGGUUGCUUACAAUGCCCGCCUCGAAGAACGCGAACCCUAUCCUCAAGCCCGGCAAGAAGUCUGCGGAGCCCAACCAUGUGCUUGUUAUCCACGGUGGUGCUGGUACCAUGGCACGGGAGGGCUCAACACCUGAACAACGCGCUACGUACAGGGCUGCACUCUCACGGGCAUUGAAAGCGGGCUAUGAGGUGCUCAAGAGCGGAGGAGAGGCCAUGGAUGCUGCGGUCGAGGCUGUAUCAGUCAUGGAAGACUGCCCGUUGUUUAACUCUGGGCAUGGCGCGGUCUUUAAUGUUGCAGGCAAGAUUGAGCUCGAGACUUCUCUGAUGGUCUCCAAGCCUCCUGCAUCACAUCCCGCAAUGCCCUCCUCCCGGCGCGGAUCCUCGGUUACGUUAAUCACUCACACCAGAAAUCCUUCUCACCUCGCACGCGCGCUCUACCUCGCGCCCCAGCUUGCCCCUCACCCAAUGUUGUCGGGUGCAGCAGCAGAAGCCACAGGUGAUUCACUUGGCGUACGUCAGGUUGAUCCAUCCUACUUCUGGACUGAGGCACGGUGGAGAGAACAUAGACGUGGUCUUGGUUUACCUGAAGAUCCCGUUGAAUACCCCAGACCUGAAAUACCCGACGACACAAAUUCAGAAACUACGGAUGUCGCCAGCCUUUCUGAUAACAAGGAUAAAGAGACAUGGGAGUCUCUUGAUCUGAUGCCAACGGGUACUGUUGGUGCAGUCGCACUUGAUAUCCGGGGCUGCAUUGCGGCAGUAACCUCCACUGGGGGACGUACGAACAAGCUUGUCGGUCGAGUUGGAGAUACCCCCGUAAUGGGAUGUGGUUUUUGGGCUGAAGAAUGGGAGAGGGACGGUGGACUUGUGAAGCGUACCUGGGAUCGCCUAAGAGGCAGAUCAAAAUAUCAGGGUGUUGGUGUUUCUGGUACUGGUGACGGAGACUAUUACAUUCGCCGUGCUGCAGCUUCCAACAUUGCUCGGCGGAUGCAAUACCUUGGCGAGUCCCUGGACGAGGCAACCCAGAAUGUCAUUGAUGACCUGUUCAAGGAAGGAGGAAUAGGUGGUGUCAUUGCACUGGACAGAGACGGAAACGUGGCUCUUCCACUGAACUGCAGUGGCAUGUAUCGCGGCGUUAUUCGUCCUGAUGGCGUACCUCUCACGGCUAUUUUCUUUGAUGAACAACUUACUGAACUCUAAGCUGGGUAAACAACCUGUACUUGAGUGUACAUUCAUCGCUAGUUUGAUGGGACUUGGCAACGUACAUCUCCGUGCAGACGCAUUCAUGUGAGACUAGUUGAUAAUUAGGUCACUUGGAAGGUAGACAAUAGUGAAUUUAGAAUUCGCAAAUCGUCCAACCUCGUCAUACAAUUUAGAAGAACAUGAUCUUGUGG